AUGCUAGCCUCGUUGAUCCAACCACUACAACUGCCGUCGCCCAACAAAGAUGCCUUUGGCCUAGAUACACAGAACUCGCGCACAAGGAGCAUGGACAAACUCUUAACCGACGUCGAGAGUCUCUUUGAGGCACCUCUGCGUCCAAGGAGUCUGCAUGCUAUGUCAGGACAACUCCAGGCUGAGUUUCGCACAAAGCUACAAUCGUCAAACAUAUGCAUGUUGCCGUCCUUUCACUACGCCUUGCCCACCGGCUCCGAAUCCGGUGACUUUGUUGCCCUUGAUGUUGGCGGCUCAACCUUUCGCAUCGCCCUCGUACAUCUUAGUGGGAAAGACUCAGCAAAAGACGGAAUGGAGAUCAAGAAAAUGAAGAGCUUUGUCAUAGACGAGACUAUACGGGACUUGAGAGGCAGAACAUUCUUCGACUGGAUGGCUGCCAGAAUAGAGGAAGUGCUUGGCUCAGACAAAAAUGCUGCUGUUCCCUUGUCCAUGGCAAUGUCAUGGUCAUUUCCCAUCGAGCAAACCUCGACGCGUACUGGCUCCAUCCUGACCAUGGGAAAAGGCUUCUGUGCUACCCACGGUGUUGAAGGCCAGGAUCUCUAUGAGCUUCUCAUGGACUCCUGCAGACGACGCCAUCUUAAAGUCCAACUCCAGGCGAUUAUCAACGACUCUUCGGCAACAUUACUUUCACAGGCUUAUCGAGACCCCUCAACUCGACUGUCACUCAUCUUGGGCACUGGUAUGAACUCGGCCAUCUACCUACCCGUCUCUGCACUCGCUCAAGAGAAAUACGGCCUUCGCUCAGAGAGUUGGCAUGCGUCUGCCAAAGACGUGCUUGUUAAUACCGAGCUCAGUAUGUUCGGAAAGGACGUGCUUCCAGCUUCAAGAUGGGACCAAUAUCUCAACGCCACCCACGAUCUGCCAGACUUUCAACCCUUGGAAUACAGGGUUAGUGGAAGAUACCUUGGCGAAUUGGUGCGCCUCAUUCUUAUCGAAGCCAUCGAGACUGCUGACUUGUUCAAUGGUAUGAUGCCUGCUAAGCUCCAAGAGCCAUACUCCUUGGACACUGGGAUAAUUGCUGUCUUCGAGAGUGAUCCGUCAUCCACUCUAUGCAGCGCUGCGAAGGCUUUCACAUCUACGCAUCCUCUGCCUGCAGGCCGCAUACCAUCUUACAGGGAUCUUCACUUCGUCAAGCAAGUCAGCCGACUUGUGUCUGGUCGUGCAGCUGCCCUGGUCGCGACAGCCGUACACGCUCUCUGGUCGCUUCAACGCGCUCUCUUGGCUUCGUCGGACACUGCUGAAACCCAGCUCGCACGUCAUCCUCGAGCGCGAACAACAGUAGCCUGUAACGGUACAGUCAUGGAGAAGUAUCCAGGCUUCCGCUCGAGAUGCCAAGACCACCUUGACGAGCUGGCUGUCAUUAGUGGCCAGAGUCGUGGGGCCAUCUCUAUUGAGAUGGCUCUAGAGAGUUCGGUGUUUGGCGCAGCUGUUGCCGCUGCCUCGGAAUCCGAAGCAUAG